ACACUUGCUUUGUUUACCAUUUUCGUGCCGGGCCGGAAGAAAAAAACGAAAAGAAGCGUUCUGAUGCUGAACUGCUGAAGCUUUAUUAAGUAAUUUUUAGUUAAAGUUCUCUUCACAAAGUGAUCAUUAGUUUCUCGUCACCUUCGCUCUGAUUUUUUUCUCUGUCAAACAAAGAAAUCACAAAACUUCACAAUGGCGACUGCUAUGCCUAUCAAUCCCAAACCUUACCUAAACAACUUGACUGGAAAGCCUGUCCUUGUCAAGCUGAAAUGGGGUCAUGAAUACAAGGGAUACCUAGUUUCCGUAGAUGGAUACAUGAAUCUUCAGCUAGCAAACGCAGAGGAAUUCUGCGGUGGAGGUGCUUCUGGUGGUCCUUUGGGUGAAGUAUUGAUCAGGUGUAACAAUAUUUUGUAUAUCAGAGGCGUGGAAGAAGAAGAUGAAGAAGGUGAAAUGAGAGAUUAAGUCAUUUCCCCUCUCUGUUAUCUUUCCUUUGUAAAUAAUUGUGUAUUUUAGCCCCUCAGUGACCUAAUGAUCUCUGAAGUGUAUCUGUUAUUUUUAUAUGUCUCUUGUCUUGUAAUUCUCACUUUACUUUAAGGAUUAAAGUUUGAAGGAUGAUUUGCA